CAUCUGCAGCUGUGCCCAACAUGGGCUCCUCGGUGUACAUCAUGGUGGAGCUGGCCAUUGCCGUGCUGGCCAUCCUGGGCAACGUGCUGGUGUGCUGGGCUGUGUGGCUGAACAGCAAUCUGCAGAACGUCACCAACUACUUUGUGGUAUCCCUGGCGGCGGCCGACAUCGCCGUGGGGGUCCUUGCCAUCCCUUUUGCCAUAACCAUCAGCACGGGGUUCUGUGCCGCCUGCCACAGCUGCCUCUUCUUCGCCUGCUUCGUGCUAGUCCUCACGCAGAGCUCCAUCUUCAGCCUCCUGGCCAUCGCCAUUGACCGCUACAUCGCCAUCCGCAUCCCACUCCGGUACAAUGGCUUGGUGACAGGCACGAGGGCCAAGGGCAUCAUUGCAGUCUGCUGGGUGCUAUCGUUUGCCAUCGGCCUGACUCCCAUGCUAGGCUGGAACAACUGCAGUCAGCAGGAGGGCAGAAACCACUCGCAGGGCUGCAGGGUGGGCCAGGUGGCCUGUCUCUUUGAAGACGUGGUCCCCAUGAACUACAUGGUGUACUACAACUUCUUUGCUUGUGUCCUGGUGCCCCUGCUGCUCAUGCUGGGUGUCUACUUGCGGAUCUUCCUGGCGGCCCGGCGACAGUUGAAGCAGAUGGAGAGCCAGCCUCUGCCGGGGGAGCGAGCCCGGUCCACGCUGCAGAAGGAGGUCCACGCUGCCAAGUCGCUGGCCAUCAUUGUGGGGCUCUUCGCCCUCUGCUGGCUGCCCCUGCACAUCAUCAACUGCUUCACCUUCUUCUGUCCCAAGUGCAGCCAUGCCCCACCCUGGCUCAUGUACCUGGCCAUCAUCCUCUCCCACACCAAUUCCGUGGUGAAUCCCUUCAUCUAUGCCUACCGCAUCCGCGAGUUCCGCCAGACCUUCCGCAAGAUCAUUCGCAGCCACAUCCUGAGGCAGCGGGAGCCCUUCAAAGCAGGUGGCACCAGUGCCCGGGCCCUGGCAGCUCACAGCAGCGACGCAGAGCAGAUCAGCCUCCGCCUCAAUGGCCACCCUCCCGGGGUGUGGGCCAAUGGCAGUGCCCCCCAGCCUGAGCGGCGACCCAAUGGCUACACCCUGGGGCUGGUGAGUGGAGGGAGUGCCCAUGAGUCCCACAGGGACACGGGCCUCCCAGACGUGGAGCUCCUCAGACAGGAGCUCAAGGGAGAGCGCCCAGAGUCCCUGGGCCUCGAGGGUCCCCAAGCCCAGGAUGGAGCAGGAGUGUCCUGAUGAUCCACCGAGUCUGCCCCUUCCUAAGGGAAGGAAAUCUUUCUCUUCCUGGUUGGUGGAACCAGUCACGUUGAGAGAAGAGUGCAUGUGCCGAGACCCUUCUCAUGGCCGGUUUCCACUUUGGACUGAGGAGGGAGCCCCGGCUGGAGCAGCAUGAGGCCCAGAAGGAAGGGUUUGGAGUCCAAAGAAGUGGACGUUUCAUGCUGGGAGGCCCUGCAUCAGGCCAGAGCCCCAGCACGAGAGCAUCUUGGUUGGCCAGGGCUGGUCCCCAACUCCAGAAGCACCUAGAAGUGCCACCUUGUCUCCGCAGAGCAGCUGUGGCAGAGCAGGUUGGCUGGCCUGAGGCUGGGGAGUGGUUCCAAAAGGCCCCCUGCCACACACACCACCCUCCCCAGACUUUCCAAGGAUUCAGGAGCUAUUGUGCUCAGAGGUGGCGUUUGACUAUUUUUUCCAGGAGAAAAUGUAAGCGUGAGGAAACCCUUUUUAUCUUCCCUCCCUGGUUGCUGGCUCUGUUUCAGCCCUGCUGCUAACCUGGCACCAGGAGUUGGCCCAGGGAGACCCAGGCAGCCCUCUCCCGCUGCCAUGAGCUGCCAUGCACGUCUCCUUCGAGGACGGCGAGUUGUAAUGGAGCCGUGCCCAAGCGUGGGCACAGGGGAGGAUGUCGGGGCUGGCCAGCAUGGGUGAGCCUGGGGAGCUCAGAGCUGCCCAGGUAGAGGCCC